AUGUCGUUGUCUAAUUCUGCGCCAUUGGAUUCUACAACAAUCAAGACAGUCCAAGCAGCAUUCAGUAUUGUUGGAUACAUCCAUGCAAACCCUCGGUGGUCCCUCAAAAUCAAGCCCGAUGAGAUGGAUCUGAUUUAUUUCAUCGUCAUGAACUAUUCUGAGCCAGGACAGACUAGCACAAGUAGCUUUGGCAUGUCUAUUUCUACUGCUCGAAAUCUUGCGUCGGACCAAUUAUAUUUCCCGAAGAGUUGGUUGAGACAUAAAAAGCUAGGGCGAAAGGCAACCAAAGUCUUUCUCAAAGACGCCAAGCAAGUCUUUAUGACCGAUGCUUUUCAUGAUUGGAAGAAACAAGUUUUCACAACAUCGAUACUGGAUCUCCCCAACGAGUUGUUGCAGUUUAUCGCGGCUCCACUACCGCAAAACACUCUCAUUAGUCUCUGUCAAUUGAAUCGCCUAUUUUCCAACGUGAUAGGCGCUGAGCUCUGGAGACCACUGAACAGGGUUUUCAUGGCCCUAGAAUGGAGUUUGAGACAUUGCCAGCUGACAGUUUACGAAAAGACAAUUGAAGAACUCUCGAGGAUUCCUGGAAGAACGAAUCAUGAGUUCACAUGGAAAUUGUUUCCUAUGAUAAACGCUAACAAUAUCCAUAUGCUGCAGUGUAUGGCUUCUAAAGGGGGCUUUAUUGGGAAAUUGUAUCGUCAGUUCCUCGUGGACACCUUGUUGCACAAUUUGAAAAAUCCGAACUGGCACAAAGAAACCAGACAUCUAUCUGUCAAAGAGGUCCUCGAACAAGGAACUGAUCUAAAUUGUCUCAGUGAUUAUCCCUUCCUCCUUGAAUUGAAUUAUGGGCUUAUUCCAAUACUGUUCACCGCUAUCUGCAGUACCCAUAGUCUUUGUGCUGACACUUUGGAGCAUGAAAUUGAAAUACCCUGCAGUCUUUCAAGGCGAACAGGAAACGUCCGCAAUGUCCAACUUUUGCUCGAAUAUGGAGCUGAUCCAAAAAUCUAUAUAUCCGACAAAACAUCGGCACUUCAUGUGGCAGUCUCCCUGUGCAAGUCCUUAGGCAAGUCAGAUAUUGUGACGGAAUUGAUCAAAAAUGGCGCCAAUGUAAACAAAAUCGGCCCCCAUGGGAAAACGCCUCUUCACAUGGCUGUUGGUCGAAAUCAUUGUUAUCGCCACAAAAUUCCCUGCAAAAAUACAAUCAAUGCCCUUCUUCAAACUCCAGGAAUUGAACUCGACCAGCGUGACGAGGAUGGACGAACUCCCUUGAGCAUUGCUGCCAGCGUUAACAGUUCCGUCUCUGCUUAG